GACGUCACUGCCGGUUUGCGAUGGCGCAGCUCGGCCUGAUCCGCCUGAAGGCGCCGAACAAGGAGUCGCGGGAUCGGGAGCCCGGCCUGAGCCCCGACCCGAGUCCGCGGCCUGGCCCUCACCCCGUCGCCAAGCGCCGUAAAGCUCACCACCACGGCCUCCUCCGCGGCCCGGCGACCUCGGCACCCGCGCUCCGUUACCCGCCCCCCGCUCCUGUCAGCGGCGGUCUACCUGGCGCCGUGUACUCGCUGUGUCCGCCCACAGUACCAGCACCAGCUUGCGGCCCCCUGCCCGGCCCCAAACCCUGCCCGCGCCCCGCCACCACCCCCACCGCCACCGGCCCCACCGCCACCGCCCUCCCCAAGAACAAGAACCCGAGAGACAAGCACCCACACCGGGAGAAGGAGAAGAAGCACCGGCCGAGGAAGGAGAAUAGCGACGGCGGGCCUCCGCGGAAAGCCAAGAGAAUAGAGGGUCCUGGUUUAACAUCUCAUCUGAAAGGUGGCCCUGAUGAAAAUGGAAAAAGUCGGAGACCAGAUGAAUACUUGGGUAAAAAAACAAAGAAAAAGAAGAAAAAGAAACAUAGAGAAGGUGAGCGACCAAGACAGUUAAAAACAUACAAUAAAGAGGUACAGACUACCUGCGCAGGGCUCACUCGUGUUGAGCAUGAUCCUGUGGGUCAAGGUUCUUCUGAUGUGUCGAAUAUAAUCAACAAAACGCCAACUAAGCACGAGGAAAAGCUCAACAUAUUGGAUCUGAAAAUGAACCAUUGUCCUAUCCCUUCGUGUGCACAGUUGCCAUACUUAUCACACAGAGACUACUGUGUCCGGAAAGGACUCUUGCGGACAGGUUCCUCUAAAUAUGCCCACUUAAUUCAUGUGGAACAUCAGCCAAAUGGUGGUGCUCCAGUACUCCAUGCAUACAUGGACGAACUCUCUUUCUUGUCUCCUAUGGAGAUGGAGAGGUUUGCCGAAGAAUUUCUUGCAUUGACUUUCAGUGAAAAUGAGAAGAGUGCAGCACAUUACGUGAUGGCCAUUAUACAUGGAGCAGCAACCUACCUGCCAGACUUUCUGGAUUAUUUUGCUUUCAACUUUCCCAACACUCCAGUAAAAAUGGAAAUACUUGGGAAGAAGGAUAUAGAAACUACAACCAUCUCAAACUUUCGGACUCAGCAGGUUUCACGGACUUACUGUUCUGGCACAUACAGAGCGGGCCCAAUGAGACAGAUCAGCUUGGUGGGAGCAGUGGAUGAAGAAGUUGGAGAUUACUUCCCAGAGUUUCUUGAUAUGUUGGAAGAAUCUCCAUUUUUGAAAAUGACUCUGCCUUGGGGGACACUGUCCAACCUUCAGCUGCACUGCCGGUCGCAGAGUGACGAUGGCCCUAUCAUGUGGGUGAGACCCGGUGAACAGAUGAUUCCAACUGCAGAUAUGCCAAAGUCCCCCUUCAAGAGGCGACGAUCAAUGAAUGAAAUCAAGAAUCUCCAGUAUCUACCUCGGGCCAGUGAACCUCGCGAAAUACUCUUUGAAGAUAGGACGCGAGCUCAUGCAGACCAUGUGGGGCAAGGCUUUGAUUGGAAGAGCACAGCAGCCGUAGGCGUGCUGAAGGCUGUGCAGUAUGGAGAGUGGAGUGACCAGAUUCGGAUAACCAAAGACGUGGUAUGUUUUCAUGCAGAGGACUUUACAGAUGUUGUACAACGAUUACAGCUGGAUCUACACGAGCCACCUGUGUCACAGUGUGUGCAAUGGGUGGAUGAAGCAAAGCUCAACCAAUUACGGAGAGAGGGUAUCCGCUACUCCAAAAUCCAGCUUUCAGACAACGACAUUUAUUUUAUUCCUCGAAAUGUCAUUCACCAGUUCAAAACUGUGUCUGCUGUUUGCAGCCUAGCGUGGCAUAUACGCCUGAAGAGUUACCACCAGGAAGAGACAAAAACAGAACCAAACACAGACUCUGACAUUGCCACUAAAGAAAUGAAGACAGAAACUGAUGCGAGUUGUUCAGAUGAUAUGGCAGUGGAGCCUGAAGUCCAGGCCAAGUUGCCUGUAAUACAGGACGAUCACAGUCAUCACCCCCGAAUUCAGCAAAAUUUUCCACAAUAACGUGUGUAUAUACUCGACUUUUUAAAUAAAUAUUUUUUCUUUCUUUUUAAACAGG